AUGAAUCCGCCGGGACCCCUGGGGGUCCUGGAGGAGAAGGAGGAGGAACACUUGUCCACCCCGAUUCUCGGGCCGUCCAUACAUUCUGACAACCCUCAGGAGCGGAUCCACGCCCGGCGCCUCCGCAUCGCGGCGCGCCUGGAAGCCCGGAGGCGGGAAGCACUUGGAGAAUAUUUAGAUGGGAAGAAAGAGAGUGAAGAAGAUCAAAGCAAGAGCUACAAGCAGAAAGAAGAAAGCAGACUGAAAUUGGCUAAACUGCUGCUCUGUGGCACUGAGUUGGUGACAAAUAUCCAGGUGGCUACAGAUAUCCGAGAGAUCCACAGGAGAGUGGAAGAACAGGAGCUCAAGCGUCAGAGACUUGAAAAGCUGGAGAAUGAAGUCAAGACAAGCCAAGACAAAUUUGAUGAAAUCACCGCAAAGUGGGAGGAGGGCAAACAAAAGAGAAUUCCCCAGGACCUGUGGGACAUGCUCAACACCCAGCAGAUGCACUGCGCCGGGCUGAUAGAGGACAAGAACAAGCUUAUCAGCGAGUUACAGCAGGAGUUGAAAAUAAAAGAUGACCAGUAUGUGAAGGAUUUGAAGAAACAGUCAGAUGACAUCUGCCUACUUCUGGAGCGAAUGGAAGAACAAGUGAAGCACGUCAUGAAAACCUUCCGUCAGGAGCUGAACUACAUUGAGAAAGCAUUUGAGGUAGAACGACGGGACCUGCUGACCAGUAAUAAGAAGAAAUGGGAGCAGGCCCUGCAGGCUCACAAUACCAAAGAGCUGGAGUAUCUUAUGAACCGCAUCAAGAAAGUAGAGGACUAUGAGAAGCAGCUGAACAGGCAGAGGAUAUGGGACUGGGAAGAGUACAACAUGAUCAAGAUCAAACUGGAGCAGGAUGUGCAGGUUCUUGAGCAACAGCUUCAGCAGAUGAAAGCAACUUAUCAGCUAAACCAAGAGAAGUUGGAGUACAACUUCCAGGUGCUGAAGAAGAGGGACGAAGAGAGCACAGUGAUCAAAUCCCAGCAGAAGAGGAAGAUCAAUCGCCUGCAUGAUACCCUCAACAAUCUGAGAUCAAAAUAUGCCAAACAGAUCAAGCAGUUUCAGGAGGAGAACCAGUCGCUGACCUCCGACUACAAACGCCUUGUGACGCAAUUCAAGGAGCUACAGAAAUCCAUGCGGCAUUUUGCUCUUAUUGAUGACAAGCAGUUUCGGGAGAUUUGGCUGAUGAAUGAAGAGGAGGCAAAGGAUCUGAUAAGCAGAGCCUUUGGUGUAGACAGGAUCAUUCAUACCCAUCAUCUGGGGCUCCCCUGGACGGCACCUGAUUUCUGGUUCCUGAGGAAUGUGGGACCUAUAUCUCAGCAGCCGCGGAAGUCUGCCACACAGAUAUUAGAAGAGGUGCUGAUGCAAGCAGAAGAGGAGGAGACCGAGGAGGCCGCCUCGGAAGCAGAGUCUUACCUCGACCUGCCGAAGCAAAUUUCCCCAAAAACUACCAGAAAGAUCCUGAUGCUCCUGUGUGACGAGUCGGGUUUCCUCAUAGAGAGCAAGCUGCUGAGCCUUCUCCUUCCCCUGGAGAAGAACGAAUGCUAUCUGCUGAAGUUGGACGCCAUUUUCUCAGCUCUUGGAAUUGAAAGUGAGGACGACUUGUAUAAACUGGUGAAUUUCUUCCUCAAAUACCGAGUUUAUCAUUCACCCUCCAGUCAGGUAAUUCACCCUUACGCCUUUCUCCAGCUCAACCCCUGGCAUCUGUCACCCCCACAGGAGCAAACAAGCCUGUUGUCAGCGCUGGAGCCAGGAAAGCAGCCAGACCUCGAGGGACAGAAAGAGGAAAGCCUCGUGGAAGGGGAGCCGGAAGAGAAGGAGGCCCCCCCUUCUUCCAGGCUCAUCCAUCCCAAUGAUGUCCUCAAGAUUCUGGAGGCCUUUGUCAUGGGUCUAAAGAAACCCAGGGACUCUUGGGCACCAGUGAGGCUGAAGUAUGUGCGGGAUAACUCGAAGGACUCUGAGUACUGGGAGGCCCUGGCCACGGUUAUCCCUGACACCACGCAAAACCUCUGGGACGCUCUGUACACGGCCCUGGAGAAAUACCACCUCAUCCUGACCCAGAGGGCCAAGCUGCUGAUAGAAAACAACUCGCUGGAGCAGCAGAACACAGAGCUCCAGAUGCUGCUUCAAAAGUAUCUAGAUUCCAAGAUAAACUCUGAACUGCAAGUUCCACCAACUCGGGUGUUCCGGGCACCCACAAAAUAG